AUGGAUGCUAAUGGCGACAUGGGUGCCAAGCGGAAGCGCGGCACUGUCGCUGGGGCUGUUGAACGUCCCGCAAAACAUUUGAAGCCUGAGGGUUCGGUGCUGACCCCCGGCGACGCGACUCCGGCCAAUGGAACCGUUUACGAUAUCGAGGAGGAGGAGGAUUCUGCUCACAUGAUGGCUGUUGGCCCUGCGCAGGCCGAUUCGCCUGAAUGGCAGGCGACCAUUGAGACGGUCGUGAAGAGUGUCGUCUCGAUCCACUUCUGCCAGACAUGCUCUUUCGACACAGAGCUAUCGAUGAGCAGUCAGGCUACUGGCUUUGUCGUCGAUGCUGAGCGUGGAUACAUCUUGACCAAUCGCCAUGUCGUGGGUGCCGGUCCUUUCUGGGGAUACUGUAUCUUUGACAAUCAUGAAGAGUGCGAUGUCCGACCUGUAUACCGAGACCCCGUUCACGAUUUUGGUAUCCUCAAGUUCAACCCGAAGGCGAUUAAAUAUAUGAACCUGACCGAGCUCAAGCUCCAACCGGACGCUGCUCGUGUGGGUGCGGAGAUCCGAGUCGUGGGUAACGAUGCCGGUGAGAAGCUGAGCAUUCUCUCGGGCGUCAUCAGUCGACUUGAUCGCAAUGCUCCCGAAUAUGGAGAGGGUUACAGCGAUUUCAACACAAACUAUAUUCAAGCUGCGGCCGCCGCCAGUGGUGGUAGUUCUGGAAGUCCCGUCGUCAAUAUCGACGGCCACGCGGUCGCUUUGCAAGCAGGUGGACGCGCAGACGGUGCUGCCACGGACUAUUUCCUGCCUUUAGAUCGCCCAUUGCGCGCCUUGGAGUGCAUUCGUCAAGGCAAACCCGUUACUCGAGGUACCAUUCAGACUCAGUGGAUUCUCAAGCCAUUUGAUGAGUGCCGUCGUCUCGGUCUGACCCCCGAGUGGGAGGCUGCUGUUCGCAAAGCAGCGCCGACAGAAACCAACAUGCUUGCAGCUGAGAUUAUCCUGCCAGAAGGUCCUGGAGAUGGCAAGCUACUAGAAGGAGAUGUUUUGUUGCAGGUAAAUGGAGAGCUUCUUACUCAAUUUGUCCGUCUUGAUGAUAUCCUAGACUCCAGUGUCGGUGGUAAAAUCCGACUACUGGUGCAGCGCGGAGGAGAAGACAUGGAGGUUGAGUGUGAAGUGGGUGACCUCCACUCCAUCACCCCCAAUCGAUUUGUGACCGUUGCUGGAGGCACUUUCCAUGACCUAUCAUACCAACAAUCCCGUCUUUACGCCAUUGCUACCCGUGGCGUGUACGUUUGUGAGGCUGCGGGCUCUUUCAAGCUGGAAAAUACAUUGGCGGGAUGGAUUAUCGAUUCAGUCGAUAAAAAGCCAACCCGAAACCUGGACGAAUUCGUGGAAGUGAUGAGAAACAUCCCUGACCGGUCACGGGUGGUUAUCUCCUACCGCCAUAUCCGAGAUCUGCAUACCAAGGGCACUAGUAUCAUCUACGUCGACCGUCACUGGCACCCGAAGAUGCGCUUGGCAGUGCGCAAUGAUGAAUCUGGUAUUUGGGAUUUCUCGGAUCUGGCUGGGCCUAUCCCAGCCGAAAAGCCUGUUCCUCGCAAGGCCGACUUCAUCCAGCUGGAUGGUGUUAGCCAACCUGCGGCGGCAGAGAUUGUGCGCAGUUUCGUUCGCGUCUCUUGCACCAUGCCAUUGAAGCUUGAUGGAUACCCUCAAGCCAAGAAAACCGGAUUUGGUCUGGUAAUCGACGCGGAGAAGGGGCUGGUUGUCGUCUCCCGGGCUAUUGUGCCCUAUGAUCUCUGCGAUAUCAACAUUACCGUUGCUGAUUCCGUCAUCCUCAACGCCAAGGUCGUCUUUUUGCACCCUCUUCAGAACUACACCAUCAUUCAAUAUGACCCCAGUCUUGUUCAGGCACCCGUGCAAAGUGCUCGUCUCAGCACUGAGUAUAUCAAGCAGGGUCAAGACACUAUUUUCGUCGGUUUCAACCAAAACCAUCGUAUUGUUGUUGCGAAGACUGCAGUCACUGAUAUCACCACUGUUUCGAUCCCUGCCAAUGCUUCCGCUCCUCGGUACCGAGCAAUCAACCUAGAUGCUAUUACAGUGGACACUGGACUCAGUGGGCAGUGCACAAACGGAGUGCUGAUCGGUGAAGAUGGAGUGGUUCAAGCACUUUGGCUCAAUUACCUUGGUGAACGCACUCCAAGCUCUCACAAGGACGUCGAGUACCACCUUGGAUUCGCCACUCCAUCGUUGCUUCCCGUUACGUCCAAAAUUCAACAAGGUGUCGUCCCCAAACUUCGCAUCCUGAACAUGGAGAGCUAUGUUGUGCAGAUGAGCCAGGCACGAAUCAUGGGUGUCUCAGAGGAGUGGAUCCAAAAGGUGGCACAGGCCAACCCUUCGCGUCACCAGCUGUUCAUGGUGCGCAAGGUGGAUUGCCCACCCGCAAACUUCACCUCUGAGGUCGACAGUUUCCAAGAAGCUGAUAUCAUUCUCACUCUCGAUGACCAGCUUAUUACUCGCGUUUCGGAACUGGAUGUCAUGUAUGAGAAGGAGGUAUUGGAUGCUUUGAUUAUCCGUAACGGCCAAGAGAUGCACAUUCGUGUUCCAACCGUUCCAACCGAAGAUCUUGAGACCGAUCGUGCUGUUGUUUUCUGCGGUGCUGUUCUUCAGAAGCCCCACCAUGCUGUGCGGCAACAAAUCUCAAAGCUUCAUAGUGAAAUCUAUGUCAGCGCCAGGAGCCGCGGUUCGCCCGCCUACCAUUAUGGACUUGCUCCUACUAACUUCCUGACUGCUGUCAACGGCGUUCCUACGCCCAACCUCGAUAGCUUCGUCAAGGAAGUUCGCAAGAUUCCGGAUAACACCUACUUCCGACUGCGUGCCGUGACAUUCGACAACGUUCCAUGGGUGGUCACUAUGAAGAAGAACGAUCAUUACUUCCCCAUGUCCGAGUAUAUUAAAGACCCCUCCGCUGAGGCUGGUUGGAGCACCGUUUCCCACGGCAAGUCCGAGACCAAGCAGGGAGUAUCCUCGGAUGCUGCGAAUCUCAACCCGGACGCGAUGGAUGAAGGCGGUGAUGGUGGAGCAAGCGAUGCUGAACCCGACAUGGAGUAA